CCACGCUUCCUUUCCUUUCCCUCUGCUGCUGGAUUAGGAGCGCACACAGGACGGGCUUCCCUUCUGUCUGAUGGAGACGGGUUGAGGAGGAGGAGGAGGAGGAGGAAGAAGAGGAGGAGGAGGAGGAGGAGGAGGAGAGACCAGGUCCCAGCCGACCGACAGAGACCACUCCGAGGACCCUGCAGGAAAGAAGGACUCCCGCUCCCGCUGCUGUUGGAGGGGAGCGGACGCCAAACAAGGGGGAGACACUGGAGACCCUCCAUCAUCUGAAGGUCUCCUGUCUCUUCCAGUGUGUGUCGUGGUGAUUGUGUUUAACAUGCACGCUCCUAAGAGUGUGUAGCUUGUAGUGUCGAGGAGUGUUUAGUGUGUGUGUGCGUGUGUUUGGGUUUGUGUAUAUUCAAGCGCUGAGAUGGGCUCAGUGGGAGCGGAGCGCCGCAGGCCCACGCCGGUCCAAACGCCCGAAGAGAGGGAUGUGUGGAGGGAUGGAGGAAGAGCUUUAUGGAGGGAUGGAGGGAGGGAGGGCUGGAGAGAGGGAAGAGAGAGCAGCGUGGUGCAGAGCUACAGCUUCGACUCGUACCAGCUGGAGGAGGAGGAGAUCAGUAAAGACGCCCCCGAGCGAGGAGUGCUGGCUCUGUCCGAACCUGACUUUGAAGAGCCGAUCCCUGACGACCGUUACCAUGGCAUCUACUUUGCAAUGUUAUUGGCCGGGGUGGGCUUCCUGCUUCCUUACAACAGUUUCAUCACUGAUGUGGACUACCUGCACGACAAGUUUAAAGGGACGUCCAUUGUGUUCGACAUGAGUCUGACGUACAUCCUCGUGGCUCUGCUGGCCGUCAUCCUCAACAACGUGCUGGUGGAGAGACUCAGCAUGCACACCAGGAUCACUGUGGGUUACAUCUUAGCUCUCGGGCCGCUGGUCUUCGUCAGUGUGUUUGAUGUGUGGCUGGCAAAGUUCACCACCAGGCAGGCUUACAUCGUCAACCUCGUGUCAGUGGGAGUGGUGGCCUUUGGAUGUACAGUGCAGCAGUCCAGUUUCUAUGGUUACAUGGGGAUGCUGCCCAAGAGGUACACACAGGGGGUGAUGACUGGAGAGAGUACAGCGGGGGUGAUCAUCUCGCUGUCCCGCAUCUUCACCAAGCUGCUGAUCCCCGACGAGAGGAGGAACACGCUCAUCUUCUUCCUCGUCUCCAUCAGCAUGGAGAUGCUCUGCUUCCUGCUUCACCUGCUGGUCCGUCGCUCUCGAUUCGUCCGCUACUACACCAGCCACUCGCAGGGCAAAGGUCCCGGCAAAUGUCAGGACCCGCGUGACAACGGGACCGGAUACCGGGUUCACCAUGACGUCACUGCAGAGGAAGUAAGAUUUGGAAAUGGUGGGACAGGACCGUCCCCUACAGAGGAAGGCGUUGAAGACAUUGUGGGUGGGACGUAUGUGAGAUUCGACGCCCCCAAAGCGAAGAUAAGGAAGAGCUGGCCCGGCGUCCGCGACAUGAUCUUACAUCGUUACGUGGUGUCCCGUGUGAUCUGGGCGUACAUGCUGUCUAUAGCAGUGACCUACAGCAUCACCCUGUGUCUGUUCCCCGGGCUGGAGUCAGAGAUACGAAACCCCACCUUAGGCGAGUGGCUCCCCAUCCUCAUCAUGGCCACGUUCAACAUGUCGGACUUUGUUGGGAAGAUCCUGGCUGCGCUGCCGUACGACUGGUCCGGAGGCCGCCUGCUCUUCUUCUCCUGCCUGAGGAUCGUCUUCAUCCCUCUGUUCGUCAUGUGCGUGUACCCGGCCAGCGCCCCCACCCUGUCCCACCCCGCCUGGCCCUGCCUCUUCUCCCUCCUCAUGGGCGUCACUAACGGGUACUUCGGGUCCGUGCCGAUGAUCCAGGCUGCUGGUAAAGUGCCGCCUGAACAGAGAGAGCUAGCAGGAAACACCAUGACAGUCUCCUAUAUGACCGGCUUGAUGGUGGGCUCGGCUGUGGCGUACGCAGCCUACAGCUUCACCGCUCCGGCAUCAGGAGCGCGUUUCUCCACACUCAACAUACACACAUCUGCCAACGCUACCGGGUAUUGAAUGUCCACACACAGUCAAAACACACACACACACACACACGUACAUGUACACACACCUGCAGCCAUUUCAACACGAUAUCCUGGUCGGGAGAAGCAGCGAACUGAUGGACUGGAGUCCAGCUGAGCAAAGUUUUAUGUUUAUACUCUGAGACUGAAUCAUGCUUCGCAGAAUAUGAGACAAAAAAAGGGAUUCAGUAUGUUAAACACGAGAAAAGAAAAAAAAAAGCCUCAAACGUCUCGGCUCUGCUGCGAUGAACUUUUCCCUGGAGGGCGGCAGAAGCCCCCCGAGAGUCUCACAGUGAAAUUAACGUCUGCAUGUGUGUGUGCGAACAGAUCGGCUGACAUUUGUACCGUGUAAAGUCAAGUGAUGUUCAGCUGCAGGGGGAUUAAAGAGACCUUAUGUCAUAGGUCACAUCUGUUACAUUUGUUGGUAUUCAGAGUAGAGAGAUGAUGUCUUUCUGGACCAGCUGCUUCAGCUGUUUCCUCAUUAUUAUCUCCUCCCAUGAAAAUACGACUGAGGAGGUGAUUUGAUUUCAGGUAAAUGUUAUUGAAAACCUCUGACUGUGCCAUUUUACAAAAAACACAAAAACUAGGGAGUUGACAACUUUCGUAACAUCAA